AUGGCUGGAACAAAUGACCCACAUGCUGUGCUCCAGCAACUCGAGCAAGAGCAAGGCGACCUGAAGAAGCAGCUUGCGAUCAUUCGAAUCAGCGAGCCCAUUUCUGAUGUCGGCGGCUCAAAUCCCUCUCCCUCGAAGCGUGGCUCCGAUGUCUCCAUAUCCAAUUUGAAUGAUCCAACGCCUGCCUCGCUCGAGGCCGACCUUACCCACUACAAGGAACUCUUCUCCAAACUACGAUUCUCCUACCUCGAACAAGUGACUAAGGAGAAGUUCCUGCGCGCAAUCGUAGGCGAACCACCACUCGUGGUCGGUCACAAUGAAAACGUCGAACUGGAGACGCAGCUGGCAGAAGUCAAAGCCGAGCUCAAGUCGCGAAAGGAAGAAGCCCGUCUCAUGAUCGAGGAAAUGGAGACCAUGGGUCGAGAAUUAGCGCGACGCUACAAGAAUGUCGAAGUCCAAAUGACGCAGCUCUCCACCCUCCCCGACUCGAUCGAGAACCUCGAGUCUACCAUUGCAGGCCUGCGUGCGAAACAAGUCGCCGGUAUGACAUCUUCCGACCCUCGAUCCUCCCAGAACUUGCCACUUCCUGCCACCUUGGCACUGCUAUCAGAACGAGAAGUAGAGCUGGCCGCAUUGAACCGACAAAUCGCUGCUGUGCAGAACACCCUACCACGGAAGACUCGGGAAGCCGAGGCCGUUGAACGGGAGUGCUCGGUCCUAGAACGGCGCAGAGUCGAGGCGAUUACACAAGCACGCGAGGCCCAGCGUAAGAAGCAGCAGGGAGAGAGUGAUGGACUCGAGGAAAUGGGUCGCUGGUACAGAGGUGCAGAGAAGACGUUGAAAGAGAUAGUAGGUGUGGAGGGCUGA